CCUGGACUCACACGGUCACACCGCAGCCAGGCCGAAUUCAAUGUCUCAUCAUGUACUUGUAUAACCACCUUCCUGCAGGCGCAUUGCUCUCGCCGUUAUUGCUAUGCACAAAUACGUGGGUGGCGACGGCAUCGGCGACGAGUCAAUCCUUCAACGGCUGUAAUCAACUCACGGCUGCGGGGUUGCAGGACCUGGUCCUCCUGCCCCAGUCUGACGCCUACGUAGACCGCGAAGCUUCUUAUUGGGCUGCCAACGUCCCGCUGCACCCUGAUUGCAUCGUCCAGCCACGCUCCACGGAGGAGGUGUCUCGUGUCGUCAAGGUUCUCGCCAAGGCCAACGGCCCUGUCGCCCUCCGUAGCGGUGGCCAUACUCAGUGGGCGGGGUCUAAUGAUGUCCACAAGGGGGUCACGAUCGAUCUGGGCCGGAUGACUGAUGUGACUUAUGAUACUCACUCCAAACUCGCCUCAAUCCAACCCGGCCCGCGAUGGGGCGAUGUCUACCAGGAGCUUCUGAAGUAUCAUGUUUGUGUCACCGGCGGUCGUGAUGGUAAUGUGGGCAUAGGAGGCUUCCUGACAGGCGGUGGGAACUCGUACUAUGCGGGCCUCUACGGUUUGGCUUGCGAUAACGUCGCUAACUUCGAGGUCGUCCUCGCCAAUGGUGAUAUUGUCAAUGCGAAUGCCACCUCGCACUCGGAUCUCUGGACCGCUCUAAAGGGCGGCUCGGGGAACUUUGGCAUCGUGACCCGUUUCGACAUGUAUACGUUUCCAGCGAAGAACCUCUGGGGUGGUAUCCGAGCCGCGGCCAGGAGCAAGGGGGAUGAGCUAGCGCAGACGAUGGUCGACUUUACGAACGACAAUCACAAGAACCCGGAGGAUGCGUACAUCAUUAACUACACCUUUAACCCUGGGUCCUCGUCGGACAUUCUCGUCGCCUAUGUCGUUGUCGAUACUAACGGCAUAGUCAACGCAUCGGCAUUCGAUAAGAUCCUGAAGGUACCGGUGGUCGUGGACGACGUCAAGACGAGGACCAUGGCGAACAUGGCUAACAGUUACCUGCUUCCGAGCGACCAACAGCAAGUCUGGUUCUCACUCACCUUUAAGAACGAUGUCAGGGUCAUUAAGAGGGCGGGUGAAAUGCACGAUAAGCUAGUCAGCGAACUCAAGGGCCUAAUACCGGCCGGCAACUUCACGACUCAGUGCCUUUUCCAGCCCAUCCCGACUCUCUUCGCCGAACAUUCGGUUCAGCGUGGAGGCAAUAUGCUAGGUCUCGAUAAGGUCAAGGAGAAUGCGCUUUUAUGGCUGAUCACCGGCGCCACGGAGACUCCUGAGCAACAGAUGAUCAUGCGGGAGAAGUUGACGGCCUUUUCGGCCACGCUUGAGAAGUUUGCCGAAUCCAAGGGCCUCACCGUCAAUUGGCAGUAUUUGAAUUACGUCGACGAGACGCAGAAUCCGCUGAAGAGCUACGGACAGUACAAUAUCAACUUCAUCCGUAAGGUCGCGGCCAAAUAUGAUCCGUCUAGUAUGUUCCAGAAGAAGGUAGUGUCGGGUUGGAAGAUUUCAAAAGUCGAUGCAUGAUUUAAGUGUUAUGUCCGGUAAGGUAGUAUGGUGUAUAGAGCGGGGUUCUUUGAAUCAAACUAAAC